UCCAGCCUAGGGGACAGAGCAAGACCCUGUGUCAAAAAGAAAAAAAAGAAAGAAAAUAAAGUAAAUACAAUCCCAGGAGCUAAAAACCUUGAGUGCCAGAAGUCAGACCAGCCACCCUAAAUCUAUCUUUUACUCCUGCUAGAAAAAGCCUCCUGGAAUAGAAAUCAGAUCGUGCCCCUCCACCCUUAUGACCACUCUCCUCCUUCUGCCCACCCCCCACCUCCCACUCGAAAUUCUUCCAUGGCUCUUCCUGAACAAGUGGACACACCAUAAACGAAACCCUGGGAUGCAAUGCACAGUGCAAAUCCUGCUCCGGCCCUGCCACGGACCCUGGAGGGGAAGCUCCCUCACUCCCGGGGAGGCAGACAGAACCCCUGCUUCGUGCUCCCCCUGAGCUCACACACCCAGGCAGCGCGAUCACUCGCUUCCCUGACUGUCUCACUACAGCUGUCCUCGCUUACGGGUGGGAAACGGGCCUUUCCUCUGCGAUCUCCAGCACCUAACAUGAGGUAUCAGUCCAGAGGGAGCGUUAAAGAGAGAGCUGCAGAGCCACUACAGAAGGCCGCGUCCCGGGCGCCCACUGUGGGCAGGAGGACAGCCGGCUAUGCGCAGUCCGAGCCAGAGAACAGUGCCGGGCACACGCAGCGCCAGCCCACAGCCCCCGCCGGGGCGGACGGCAGGACAGAGGCCGGCAGGGCAGCCCCCACGGAGCGGGCCGAGGCGGCCAGCACUGCACAGACCACUGCACAGACGGCAUUGCAAAAGAGGCAGGAAGAAGAGAAAACCGAGGCUCGCACACCCGGAGGUCUGGACGCGGGGACAGAGGCCCCAUCGCUGAAGGGUCGGGUCGCAAAGACGACCAGAGGAAGCAUGGGCCAGACCGAGAAGGUGACAGCCACGAGGACGGCGCUGGCUCAGGGCGAAGCAGUCACCGCCGCAAAGACGCCCGCCCCAGACAGGCAGGGCACACCACUGCCCCCCACCGCAGCAGUGUGGACGACGAGGCAGAGAGGAGUGACCACAGCGGCCGUCCCGCCCACGGAGCAGAAGGCUCUGGUCACCCGGAGCACCACCCCUCUCCAGAGGCGCACCACACGGACAGCCCAGAGACAGAGGCCGAAUGUCGCCAAAUUCAAGGCCGAGCCCAAGUGGGAUUUCGAGGAGAAAUACAGCAUGGAGGAGGGGGCCCUCCGGACGACCUGCCCGGACUCUGUGAAGGUCAAAGCCUCCAAGUCACCGUGGCUCCGGAACCUCUUUCUGCCCAACCUCACCCUCUUCCUGGACUCCAGCCGCUUCAACCAGAGGGAGUGGGAGCGCCUGGAGCACUUCACAUCGCCCUUUGGCUUCCUGGAGCUCAACCACUCCUUGGUGCAGAAGGUGGUGACACGCUUCCCCCCAGUGGGCCAGCAGCAGCUGCUCCUGGCCAGCCUCCCUCCUGGGAGCUCCAGGUGCAUCACGUGUGCCGUGGUGGGCAACGGGGGCAUCCUGAACAACUCCCACGUGGGCCAGGAGAUAGACAGCCACGACUAUGUGUUCCGACUGAGCGGGGCUGUCAUUAAAGGCUACGAACAGGAUGUGGGUACUCGGACGUCCUUCUACGGCUUUACUGCCUUCUCCGUGACCCAGUCACUGCUUAUCUUGGGCAACCGGGGUUUCCAGAACGUGCCCGUGGGGAAGGACAUCCACUACCUGCACUUCCUGGAAGGCACCCGAGACUAUGAGUGGCUGGAAGCGCUGCUUCUGAAUCAGACCUUGAGGUCAAAGAAUCUUUUCUGGUUCAGGCAGAGGCCCCAGAAAGCGUUCCAGGAAGCCUUGCAAUUGGACAGAUACCUAUUGCUGCACCCGGACUUUCUCCGGUACAUGAAGAACAGGUUUCUGAGGUCUAAGACCCUGGACACUGUCCACUGGAGAAUAUACCGCCCCACCACUGGGGCCCUCCUGCUGCUCACUGCCCUUCACCUCUGCGACCAGGUGAGUGCCUAUGGCUUCAUCACCCAGGGCCACGAGCGCUUUUCUGAUCACUACUAUGAUAAGUCAUGGAAAAAACUGAUCUUUUACAUAAACCAUGACUUCAAGUUAGAGCGCGAAGUCUGGAAGCGGCUGCAUGAUGAAGGCAUAAUCCGGCUGUACCAGCGACCCGAAACCCCCGCAGCGAAGGGCUGACUGGGGCUGACGCAGCAGCCUCUUGCCACUGCCCGGGCUCGGCGUGCGGUGCUGGCGGCGAGACUCUUCUGCGGGCUUCCCAGGGCUCGGGCCAGCCUCGGAGCCCUUCGGGAGUCCGAGGGAACACUUGGGAAGAGGACAAGACUCUCCCCAGACGGCAAAUGAUUGGUCACGGUGUCGAAGUUCUCUGGGACGCUGCUGUGGCUUCUGACGAAGAUUCCUGAGACCAGGGAUUUUUAACCACAUGGGGUGAUGAGUCGGCAAUACCACAAUUUCUGCCAAAAAGCCUCUUCUUGUCCAAAAGCUACCUGGUACUAGAGGAAAGAGCCUUAAUUUACAGAGACGUGUAAAAAUAGAUUUGGGUUGAAUUCCAGAUCUUCUACUUAGCAGCUGUGAAACCUUGAAGGCACUACUUAAUUUCAUUGCAGAUCAUCUAGAGGAGCCUUCCAGGGGUAUUAUUCUAGAAGGGUCUGCUCUUUUCCUUGUCCUUGAGCUAUCUGACAACUCUGUGCAUUGUAGAAAACUGAUGGUUAAUGUAAAUGAUUCUUGUCCAUGGAGAUGCAAAUA